AUGGGGAAGGGCUACAAUAAUUAUAUGUGCAAGAAGUUCUUCCAUCCAACAAACUUUGAGAACAUUAAACGUAAAUGGAUGGCAGAGCAAGCGCAUGAAUAUGAUCAGAAGAAAGAGGAGGAGAAAUUAAACCAGUAUAGACGGGAGCAGGAAACGUUGGAAAAUCGUGUAUUGUUGGGCGACGAGAAAGCCAGGUUGGGGUUAGCCUGGAUGUAUGAUCAGCCCGCGUUAAUGGAGAAGGUAAGAGAUUUUCCGAUUCAUUCAGCGAUUUCCUCACAGGAACCGGAAGAGAGAGAUGUGAAGUUUGAAUGGCAGCGCAAAUACAACGCUCCUCGUGAGACCUACUGCAAGAACUCGUCUGAAAUUAUGGAUCAACCCUUCGCCAUCGAAGUGAGGAACGUUCGUUGCAUGCGGUGUAGGCAGUGGGGACAUGUGAACACUGAUCGUACCUGCCCGCUUUUCGGACAAUCUUUCACCCAGGAGCCAACUAACAUGGAGCCAGUAACUAUGGACCACGUUCAUCAGGGUCUCCGGAAGGAGGGUCUUGGCCUGAAGCCAGGGACCGAGUUGGACAGAUUCAGCAAUAUAUUGCAAAAGGCCAAGACAACAUUGUCUGACGGCUUGAAAAAGACCACGGAAGAGGAAGACACGUUGGCAAUGGAAUUCCUGCAGAAUCUAUCUGAGCGUCAACGCCGGAAGCUUUUGAAGAAGCUGUCAAAGCUGACGGACGAGCCGAAGGCUCAUAAGCACAAGAAAGAGAAAAAGAAAAAACACUCACGUCACUGA